GCGCGUUUGGUUCCGGACUGCCCGUGUGACGUGGCCGGGAACCGGGGCUGGUUCGGGGCUGGGGGCCUGGCGGCGAGGCCGGGCGGGGCAGAGCCGGGGCGGGGCGCGGCACUGCAGCUGGAUGGCUGGGCCCGCCCGGAGCGCCACAGCUGCCGCCACCGCCGCUGCCGCCGCUGCACGCACGUGGCAUGCCUGGAUGUCCCUGCUCUGGCUGUGGCAUGGCGGGCCAAAGGCUCCUCUUCCUCACUGCCCUUGCCCUGGAGCUCCUGGAAAGGGCUGGAGGUUCCCAGCCAGCCCUCCGGAGCCGGGGGGCUGCAGCAGUCUGUCGCCUGGAUAACAAAGAAAGCGAGUCCUGGGGGGCUCUGUUGAGUGAGGAGCGACUAGACACUUGGAUCUGCUCCCUCUUGGGCUCCCUCAUGGUGGGUCUCAGUGGGGUCUUCCCUUUGUUGGUCAUUCCCCUGGAGAUGGGGACUGUGCUGCGCUCAGAAGCGGGGGCCUGGCGCCUGAAGCAGCUGCUCAGCUUUGCCUUGGGGGGACUCUUGGGCAAUGUGUUUCUGCACCUGCUGCCAGAAGCAUGGGCCUACACGUGUAGCAUCAGUGCUGGUGGUGAGGGGCAGAGCCUGCAGCAACAGCAACGGCUUGGGCUGUGGGUCAUUGCUGGUUUCCUGACCUUCCUGGCCUUGGAGAAGAUGUUCCUGAACAGCAAGGAGAAGGAGGGGCCCAGCCAGGCCCCCAGCAAAGACCCCACUGCUGCCGCGCUCAAUGGAGGCCACUGUCUGGCCCAGCCGGCUGCAGAGCCCGGCCUGAGAGCCGUGGUCCGGAACCUCAAAGUCAGUGGCUAUCUCAACCUGCUGGCUAACACCAUAGACAACUUCACUCAUGGGCUGGCUGUGGCUGCCAGCUUCCUUGUGAGCAAGAAGAUUGGGCUUCUGACCACCAUGGCCAUCCUCCUACAUGAGAUCCCCCAUGAGGUGGGCGACUUUGCUAUCCUGCUCCGGGCUGGCUUUGACCGAUGGACUGCAGCUAAGCUUCAGUUCUCAACAGCACUGGGGGGCCUGCUGGGUGCCUGUUUUGCCAUCUGUACACAGUCCCCCAAAGGAGGAGGGAGUGGGACAUAUACAGUCCCUAGACUCACAGCCAGUUGGGCAUCCUCCUCUACAGAGGAGACAGUGGCCUGGAUCCUGCCCUUCACCUCUGGAGGCUUUCUCUAUAUUGCCCUGGUGAACGUGUUGCCUGACCUCUUGGAAGAAGAAGACCCAUGGCACUCCCUCCAGCAGGUGCUGCUGCUCUGCUCUGGCAUCAUGGUGAUGGUGCUGCUUUCAUUCUUCGUUGAGUAGCCAUCGCUGACACCCCACACUGCAUAGCAAGCAAUAAGACUCCGAUUUGUUCUGUGACUAUGUGUGUGAGAGGUGGAGGGCGAAUGUCAUGAAAACCAGCCUCCCACUAGACAAGGACGGUGUGUGUGAUGUGCAUGUGUGACCAGAGGUGUGUGUGUGAGACCGACACUGUGAUCCCUGUGUGUAGGGCCCAGGGCCCUGCACAGCACCUGCCCCAGCACAGGCCUCACCUGGCACUCCACAAGGAGAGCGGGCAAGGAGCCCAGGACUGCAGAGAACCCCAAAGUUGUCCCUCCUGGACCUAUAGCCUGAGGGAGUAAUUAAACCUCUGCUCAUAGAUCUGGGCCCUGAGCAGCCUAGGGGCAGAGGCUGGGCAGCAUUUCUCUGCUGUCCAUUUUCCCAGCCCUUCCUGCACCACUUCUAUAGCCAAAGAAAAGGGAGGUGGGUGCUUUGUAGCCCUGGCCCACAGAGCACUGAGCAGGCAGCUGCUCUAGGACUUUUUCCUCAGGGCUGCCUGCCUGGCCAGCACCUGUUGACCCAGCAAAUGCUCCCUGGCAGCACCGGAAGUGCUUGCCACUUUAGCUGCCCAACAGCAGCCUGCAGAGUAGCAGGCAGCCUCAGGCUAGAGGCCUCCCAGUCCAACUCAGGGAUGCUCCUGCCAGCACAGGGUCCAGCAGACAUGCCCUGCCACCCUUCUCUGCUCAGGCCCCUUGUCCUUUGGGUUGGGAGUAAGGUGGGGGCGGUGAAGGCUCCACAUUGUCAGCACUCAGGAAUGUGAACUGGGAGAAUGCUGAAGCCAUAAUCCCCAGCUAUUUCCCUUGGCUGACGCCCAGGGACUCAGAUGGCCCACUCUACAGCCAGGCUCUAGCCCUGCCACUCGACUGUGGGUGUUUGAGAAGUGGCCACUGAAGAGUAUGAAUGGUUCCAUAGUAGUCUUGCUGUGGUACAUCUUUAUCUGUAAAUACAUGUUCUAUAGAUAUGAAUAAAUAUUAUCCGGACCAGCUGUCUGCUCCUCACAAAGGUCCGUGGCCAAA